GUCCUGCAAUAAAAUCCUGACUAUUGAGAAGCGUGCAUUUGAGCCUCUUCCUUUUUUGCAGUUUCUAAAUCUUCGUGGAAAUCUCCUUGCAGAAAUUAGUUAUGGGACAUUCGUGACAUGGCAUGGGAUGCAGUUUUUGCAGAAGAUAGUCCUAAGCCGUAAUCCACUGUCGGCCAUUGUUGACAAAGCUUUUCUUCAAUUGCCAUCCUUGAAGUACCUAGAUUUAGGUGCAACACAAGUGACUCAACAGAUACUUCACACUCUUCUCGUUGUAUCACUACACUUAGAAACCCUUGUACUGCCUGACAGCAUGAUGUGCUGCCUCUGCAAAAUACAAAAGGAUAUUGAAAUGUCAUACAAGAUGAUCAAGUUACACUGUGUGGAUUCAUGUGUCACCAACUCCUCUCUUUGUGCAACCAAAGAACAUUUAGAAAAGAUGCAAACAGAAUUAAAAGAAGUGCUACAAUCCAGGAAACCGAACAUAAGCAUGGUGUUACAUCUUAAGUCUGAAAAAUUUUUACACUCCAAGAGUGACAGUGACAUCCUAUCACUUGCAACUUUCCAGCAUCGAACUACUAUGGCUGUUGAGGAUCUUAUUUCUGGGUUAAAUGACAAUUACCCUAGGCAUCUCUUCAAGAAACCUGACAAAAAUAGCACAGAGCUGGAAGUCUUGCCAUUUUUUAAACUGUUCAAAUUUGACUUACACCUAAAAGCCUCAAAUCAUUUAAAACUUCCUAAAGAUCAGUCAAAUCUGAACUGGGCCAAUUUAAGUGAACUGAAAAAACUAUAUCUGUUGGCAAAUCUGCUAGCAACGGUGCUCCGUGAAAAACUACAUGAGGCUGAAAAAGACAAGCCAAAAAAGGAAGCCAGACAUGUGUCCCUGACAACGCCAAACAAUCACUUGAAAACCAAAAAGAUUUGUAAGGACCUUGCACAGAAAUGUGAUGAGAAACUAACUGGAUACAUGGCUGCAAAGAAAACUCCUGAAGAAAUAAAGGAAUGUGUUGAUUAUAUGUGGAGAUGUAUAAGUAAAGGGGGAGAUAACCAAUUAAGGAUGGUAAAGAGAGAGGUCCUGCAAAUCAAAGGAAGCAAAGAAAUGCUAGCUGUGACUUUAAAUCCCUCCAGCACACUAUCUGUUCUUAGGCAUCAUAAAGUAUCUAUUCCUUCCUUCAGGAAACGUUCCCUUUCAGACCUCCCUACACAGGAAACACACUUGACCGGCUCCUUUAAGGUUGAAAACGAGUCUCAUGACUUAACAGGUAAUAUCAUCGUUGUCUUGAAACACCACAAUAAAACUGAAAAGGUGAAGCGUCCACCUGUUAAAGAAUAUGUUCCCGUUUUCUACCAACCUAGCCAGGAGAGAAAUAAAAAUCAAUAUCUCCUAGAGAAUACACUUCACAGACAGAGUCCGUACAUGAGUCGUAUGCUGAAGGAAAGUAUGCAGCGCUACAAGAUGAAAAGUAAAGAUGAUGAACUGGAUAAUCUAUUACCCAACAAAAAUCCUGUUUUCACAAGCAGGACAGCUAUGGUGUUGGAAAAGCCACCAGAAGAUGGAAGAAGCUUGCUAGAUGGAAUCUUACCUAACAUCCAACAAACUGAUGAAACGCGCUGGAAGCGUCGGAAAGAGGAAUGGAAGGAUCAGAAAGAGGAAUUUGAUUUUCCAUCUGAAAUAAAAAAUUCAUCCCCUCCAAGUAAUUACUCGAUUCAAGGAGACAUAUUUGAAGCGGAGCUCAAUAGACGAUUGAGCACCCUCAUCCCAAACAAAGCUGUGAGGGACCUCAUCUCCCACGUGAUUAGAACCCUGAAAAUGGACUGUGCUGAGCCCAGCGUGCAGCUGGCCUGUGCAAAGCUCAUCUCUAAGACAGGCCUGCUCAUGAAACUGUUCAGCGAGAGGGAAGAUCUCAAAGGAAGCUCCUCUUUGUGGAGCCACUAUCUCUGGGAAGUGGACAGCUCUUCCGAUGAGAGAGAAAAGCAGAAGGUGGCAGGCAAGAAGCUUUCAGAGGAACUUUCCAAGGACUCUUCUAAAUAUGGCUAUGGUAACAAGCUGCUGUUGGCAAUAUCAGUGACUGUUGUGGUAAUGGCUGUUAUUGCAGUGAUUUGUAUCAUUGAGAAGCUGCCAAAAGCCAAUCAGAGCAGAUAGCUGUAGGUUUGUUCCCAAAGAUCUGCAGCAGCAUCUCAGUCAAAAAAUAAAUCACAACCAAGAUGGUAA